GAUUUGAGACCAGCAGCCACCACCAAUCAGCCUCCCGGAUUUGGGCGCAUUUCCACUUUCUCACUUUGCACUUUGUUUACUAUUUUUUAUCGUUUCUGGACAAUAUUUUUAUUUAGUUGGUGGUCACACAUAUAUGGGUAGCACAUCUGCGACUGAGACGGAAAACAUAUUCCACCCCCCUUCCAACCCAGCUGUUGGUUUCUUAUCCUCCUUCGAAAUAGUAGUCUUUGAAAAGGCAAUGAAAAACUAUAGGAUUCAUGGGAAACUUCUACCACAGGACGCUAUAUCCCUUCACUGGAUGUUUGGCUCCCUCAUUUUCCAAGUUUUCGAGUUGGUGGACAAUGAUCAUGUGACGGUGCUGAAGAGUUCCUCCUCCAACAAGGUCUUGAUUCAGGUGCUUGGCAAGCCAGAAAAGGGGGAGAUGUACUACAUUUCUCCAGGAAAGUCGAUCUGUCAGUGUAGUGGGUACCUCAAGGGGAAGAAAGACUAUUGUAAGCACAUCCUGGCAGCCCACAUCAUCCUCUCGAUUACUACCCCGGAAGAGUAUGAAGUGAUUGCAGAGUCAGAAAUUAUAAAUAUUUUUCAUACUUAUAUUUCUAAAAAGAAGAAAUGAACCGAGGAGACCGGUUUAUAUGAAGCUCUUUUGAUGAAGCUGCGCUAUAAUUAUUGUAAAUUUUUUUGUACAUAUGUAUGUUGAGAAUUAAUUAAACCUGUGAUGUGAUGUAUAUAUGUAAA